AUAGUCAGAAACAUAAUUAGUUUACAUAAAAAACAAAAUGCAAAAGCAAGAGGAGGUCCUAUCGCGCCUCAGGCAGAUCUUGGACAUAUUUCUGCGCGAUAACUUUUCCACAACCAACAAUGUUUACUUUGAGAAGCUUCUAACGCACAUAAAGGCUAAGGAGAAUGUGUAUGUGCUCCAGGCGCCGUUUAUCAUCGAUUGGGUCGACAAAUGCAUGACCAUGGUAAUGGAGGACUUUAACAAAAUCCAUCCGAAGGUGAUAUCGUUCAUGUUGAAUCUCACCAGCUACUUGGCGUCCAACGAGUGGAUGAUUGUGCGCCUCCGUGAACUGGAUAUUGUCGGCAGAACCAUUACAUUCCUGAAGUCGGGAGAUCUCCAGUUUAGUCCGUCAAUCAAACUCGGAGGAAUACGGCUGAUGAAGUCCGUGGCUUGCUUCAGUAUGGGUCUGGCAUUCAUGAAAAUCCAUCGCACGUGGACAUUGCUGAUUCAAUACUCGAAUAACGAUCACACGCUGUAUGUGGUGCGGGAGGCCAGACAGGUGCUCUACGAGAUUCUGUACAAGUCGUGCGACAAGCUGCACGACAAGGCUGUUACCCUGGAAAUACUGGCCGAGAUAAUGAAGCCCAUUCAUGAUAAUCUAUACAAGACCACUGAUCCCGAGGUGCAGGAACGCAUUCACAUCAAUGUGGAUGACAAUGAGCUGUUGCACAAGAUCUCGGCCACAUUGGAUCUGCUUUCGUACGUUCUGCAGCAGACGCUUGUGCACGAGGAGCGCACAAUGCUGAUCUCGCUGAUGAAGGAGUAUCACGACUUUGAAAUAACCAUUUGGAAACUUAUCGACAUGACGCACAAUCCGUACUUUAUGGAAAAGAUCUUCACCACACUGAGCAGCUACUACUUUGCCCUUCUGACGCACGAGAAGCUGCUCAAUCCGGACGUGACCGAGCCCCCCGAACAGUUCACCGACUUUGGCUUGUCCUUUUUUAAUCUCAUGAAAUUCUUCAUUACCCGAAGAGACGGCGUCGGUUUUGUGAAAAUGGCCGAACUGAAUCAUAUACUUUGGAAGAAGCUUGGCGCUCGUGCCCCCAAGGAGAUCAUCAUCCAGCAUGAACGAGUGUCGUUUGAGAAUCAGUUGAUCCUCUUCCAUAUGCUGCCGUUGCUGUUCUCCAUGAAAUAUGCCCAGAGGCAGGCGGACGAGGCUUCUCGCACUGAACUGUUUGACGCUUACGUUCUGAAAUUAAUGGAAAUGUCGUGUGAGCAGACCUUCCGUAUGUGCUACAGUAUGCGCGAUGCAUUCUUCACGCCCGAAGGUGUGGCGGGUGGUCUGUUCACGCCAGAGUUGGCCAACAAGUGCAUACACAGUAUACUCUCUCUGGAGCAUGUGCUGGACCGGGAGCAGGCCAUUACCGUGUGCCAGGCAUUGCUGUAUGUGCUCCGCGAGGUUGUGGCCCUGAGUGCCCUCGGCAAUUCGGGCCAGGAUGACUGUCACAGCGUUAGUAGCGCGGGUAGUGCUGGCAGCAUCUACCGUGAUCUUUAUCCCCGCGGCACGGAGUUGGUGGUGAAUGAUCCCAAAGUUCUGCAUUCCGUCAUGGUCGGCCUGCGUACGCUGAUCGAACGCUUCAAGAUCACGUGGAAGGAGUCGGUGGAGACGAUUGGCCUGGUCAAUUGUCUGGCAUUUGUGCUGGAGAACACCAACAUGGAUGCCAGAUGCACUGUCCAGGCGUUGAAGCUCGUGCAGCUGGCUGUGGAGCAUUUCCUGUCGCCGAACAUGGCUCUGCUGGUGGACAAUCUGCAGGGCUCUGCCUUGGUUUGCCUGGGUCCCAUUAUUGUCAAGCGUAUGCAUGAUACCACGUGGGAGGUGCGUGAUACCACGCUGGAGUUGACCACCUCCAUAGCCAGCAUUUCCCGUAUCAAGUUUCCCGCCUUUCAGCAGUUUCUGAUUGACGCAAAGAUACCUCCGAUUGUCUACGAAAUGGCCAAGAAUGAUUCAGAGAGCUAUGUGCGCGCCUCAGCCUUCAAAUGCCUGUCCCAGAUGGUGUCCAUCAAUCUGCUGUGGGAGAAUUGUCUCAGUCAACUUGAUCUUGUGGAUCAUCUACUGUAUGUGCUGUAUCGCGACAACGAUGAUCUGGUGCGUGCAGAGGCCGUAAACACUUUGAUGAAGAUCUACGAACAUCGCAAGAUCCACCAGAAGUACAAAAAUACACUCUUCUCCACCCUGAACUACUGCGUGGUCGGGGAUCAUCACUCAGAGGUGAAGCUAAAUGCUCUGGUUUUCUGGCGCAGGGAGUUUUUCCGCCAGUUCAGCAACCAGGGCAUGAUCGACGGAGUCUUUCCCACAGUGACCUUCUCCAAGGAGCAGAAGAAGAUUGUUACUCUGACGGAGAAGGAGAUUCAGACGAGCAUUGCAAAAGUGUUUGGGGAGGUGCAGCAAUAUGGUUACUUUGGCAUCAUCAUUAAGUGUCUGCGCGAAGAGGUUUCUGUGGAAGUGCUGGAAAUCAUUGUACGAGGCCUCAAAUUAAUGAACGAAAAGUUCGAGCGUUUCAAGGGCAUUAUGGAGGAGGUUGAGUUGAGGUCGCCACCCCCGAGUGACGAACAAUGUUCCUCGUUUACCUUUAAACCUCAGGAGCCAACGCCACACCCAUCAUCUGGACGUAGCUCCCCUAUGAACCCCAACAAAGCGGAUGAGAUUAUCGAGGGUAUAUUGAACUCGCAGGAUGCACAGCUGCUGGAGACGGCCUUUCAGACGCAAAUGCAAAUCAACGACGAGGAUGACGAGAAGCGGCACUUGGACGAGUUCUACUACAAACAGUUUGCUAUGCCUUAUCGAAAAUUCCUUGUGGAGCUGAAGACAAUUGACUUGGAUAAUUUGAUUAAACAGCAAGAGGAGCGGUUUGAAUGCAUUGAGAACUUUACAUCCCUGCUGGAUGAUAUUUUGUGUGCGAUAAAGCAUGAUGAUGCGAAUAUUAUUUCCGAUUGUUACUAACUUGCUGGUUAAGCUGCACUGUUAAGCGAGCUGGAAGUGUCUUUUCUGAAAUAGAAAUUAUUUUUUUAAAUAUAUUUUUGUAUGUCUACAUAUGAAAUGAGAUUUCAUUCCGAAGAAAGAUCGGAUAAUAAUAAAGCAAAGCACCGAUUAAAUUUAAA